UCCAAUAUUUUUCUUAGGAUGGCACAAGACAUGGAAGAUGAAGACCAUGAGCUCGAGGUUGCGACGUACCAACAUCGUAGGCGUCGUGCACUUAACGAGCGUCGGUACGCUGGUUCCAUUCCCGGUCGUGUCCGAAUCCAUCAUGACCAUAUCAGUGGUGAUGCAAGAAUCCGAGCCGACUACUUUUGCGCCCAACCGGUUUACACGGAUGCACAAUUUCGGAGGAGGUUUCGCAUGCGUCGCCAUGUGUUUGAGCGUCUCGUUCUUGCUGUGCAACAAGUGGAUCCGUACUUCGUUCAACGUCCAAACUGUGUCGGUGAGCUAGGCCUAUCUGCCCUUCAGAAAGUUGUUGCUGCCGUACGUAUCCUUGCAUACGGUGUUCCUGCGGAUGCCGUUGACGAGUACGUACGAAUUGGAGAAUCUACAACACAUGAGGCUUUGAAACACUUUUGCACUACCAUACAAACUGCUUUUGGGGUGUACUAUCUUAGGAAACCUACUCCUGCUGAUAUCGCUAGGCUUCUCCAAGUUGGAGAAUCACGCGGCUUCCCUGGUAUGCUUGGUAGUGUCGAUUGCUUGCAUUGGAAGUGGCGUAACUGCCCAACUGUAUGGAAGGGGAUGUUUACCGGUCGCGGUAAACACCCUACAAUGAUCCUCGAAGCUGUUGCCUCAUAUGACUUAUGGAUUUGGCAUGCAUACUUCGGCAUGCCCGGUAGCUGUAACGACAUCAAUGUUCUUCAGCGUUCAAACCUGUUCGAUUCGCAUCUUAAUGGUGAUAGUCCAGCAGUGAGUUUCUCCGUCAAUGGACACACCUACAACAUGGGAUAUUAA